UUGGACAUCAAGUUGCGCUUCCUCGUCGAGGAACGUCGUCUACUGGAGAAGGACUUCCUGGUUUGACUUUCUAUAGACCUAGGUACGACCUGGCACGAAUUUAGGAAACGUUAAGACAUUUAGAGAAGCACUGGAGAAUAGUCGCGAAUAGUAGAGCUUUCAGUCGCUCGCCCUCCCCUUCUCUCUCUCUCCCUCGCACUGACAAGCGGCGCGACCACGUGACAGGCGACCACGUGGUCGACCACGUGACAAACGUCAAAAUGACAGGAAGAGUCUCCCUGCUGGAGCGCAAGAGACUGCAGUGGGCCAAGGAAAGGGAAGAAAUGGCGAGACUCUGCGGACAAUGGGCUCCCCUCAAGGCGAACGAUUCUGUCCGCACGGCGAUCCGCACAUACCCGACGAGCACGAGAAUGUCCCUGACGGAAAUAAAUCCGAAGAGCACGCAACCCCUGCGAGGAGGACAUUACGGGAGCGCGGUGAGCUUGAGAAGUCUCGAGACUGAGAGCUUAGAAAGUCUGAGAGGCCCCGAAUUUCCUGGGGAAUGUUUCCCAGGAUUCCACGAGAAUCCUGAGAUCACCAGGACGAGGAAGAGGAGUCCCAGUCUGCCGCCGAUACGAAACAAGGAGCACCUGUCCCAGGAGCAGCGGGAACUCGAGGCCGAGAAUUCCAGGUUCUACGUGCAGAAGCAGAGUCAGCUGGUGCACCAGGUAAACCGAGGCGACCUGCACAGGUACGGCUCUCCUCGAGAGGAACGCGAAGGGGAGACAUCCGGAUACGCCAGCGACUCCCUAGAGGCGCCUCUACCACCAACACAAGCCAGCCUCUUACCCGGGUGCAAGAUGGGCGAGAACACCUGGAGGAACCCCUGCCAUGGGAGUCCCGCGGGAUCCCUGCCACCUUCCAGGAAGAUCUCGGAACUCAGGGCGAUGGAGCUGAACAGGCCCCGAUGGGGUGGAGUUUGGAGUCAGGAAAAUCUGAGAAACGAUCCUCCACCUCCGUCCUGGCUGGAGAGAGGACUCUCUCGCCUGGAUCACAAUAGCCAGGUGUUGGUAAUCACCCACGACAGUACGAGCAGUCCCGACACCUCGAGCACAGGAUCCGCAGGAUCGGACUCGAACAAGACGUACCUAAGGGGCCAGAACAUCCCGGUGGACGCGGACGUCCUCCAGGAACGAGAAGCAAGAAGGCAGAAGGCCCUGGAGCUGCAGAGCGCGAUCAAGCAACAAUUGGAAGAGAGAGAUCGCCAGAGGAAGGAAGAGAAGGAGCGUCGUCUCCGAGAAGAGAGAGAAGAGGAGGAAAGGAUCCGCAGAGAGCGAGAAAAGGAGAAGGAGAGGUUCGAGGAGGAGCAGAGAAGGCUCAAAGAGAAGGAGGAGGCUAAGCAGAAGAAGGCGGAAGCCAUGAGAGAAGUUUUGGAGGCUGCCGAGAGACUCGCCAGGGAAGAGAAGAAGCAGAGACGAAGAAGAGACGAGGAGGACCCUCGCCAGAAUCAGGAAAGCGUUCGAAAAGGAGAGGACAUGUUCGAGCCGACUUUUAAGGAGAGAAAUUCCGAGCCGACCUACGUUUUAAAUUCGGAGGAUUUAAAGAGUCCUGCGAUUGAAGAGAAUCCUUACACGAAAAGUGCAGCCGGACCCAAGAUCCUGGAGGAGAGCAUCAACGAGAAGGAGACCAAGCAAUUAAACAACCAAUGGGAAUGCGACCUGGACAAGACCUCAAGCAAGUCAUCGAGGAAAUCCUCAAGUAAAUCCUCGGAGGAUCUAGAAGAGAACAGCAGUAUAAUUCGACUCCCGGUCAGCAAGGACGUGGCGAUCGUCCUGAGCGGCAGGAUCGAGGACUCGGAGAUCCUUAAUGGAACCAACGUCCUGAAUUUAGUGGUCGCCUCGUCUCCAAAAAAGUCCAGCAAGUCGGACAACUCCUCGAACACCUUGAAAUGCGGAUUCAACGCGUUGGUCCAUGGCCUAGGCAGUCCAGAGUCCUGGAGGACAUCCUGCAGGACGAUCAUCUCCCCCAGGAGGGUGGAAAAUAGACUGCUGACCCCCAGCAAAUACAGGAUCCCCACUGGGAGAGAUUUCGGCACGCAGACCAACGUCGAAAGGGACCUCAAGGACCUCCAGGACCUCCAGGACCUCCAGGAAGGAGGCAUCAAGGACGUCACCAUGAAGGAGAGGAAGGAAGCUACGAACUCGAACCGCAGGGAUGGCGAGAAGUCGACGAGUUUGGGCACCUCGGAGGACAUGUCGAUGAAGACCUUCUCCAGGUCGAAGUCUCAGCCCAGGACGAGUCUCGAGUCGAGGCCUCGAUGGAACGCCAAUCGGCCAGGAACUCGUUAUCGGACCCAGAGCGAGAAGGACCCACACUAUCAGAGGCGAUUGCGACUGAGAAGAAGACAGGUGGAAACAAGCGACGAGGGGUCGAGAUCGCCCUCGCUGGAUCGCAGGAAACCGAUCACGGCGAAGCCGAAGACGAGAGGCACAGCCCGAAGGAAGUUAAAGAUCGACAGCUACGACGGGGAUUUAUCAAUGGACAGCCUUACCUCGAUCGUGCCUCUAAGGAUCGAUAAAAACGGAAGAGUAACCGUGGAGCCAUUGAAGAUCAACCCUAGGGAUAAAUCCCGAGGUAGAGAGGCGAACGAAAAGGAUCGAAUAACGAUCGAGGAGAUCAACGAGCAUUCGGAUUCCUGGUGUGGGAGAGACAUCUUGUCGCAGCUGGCUUCUCUGAGAAACGGUCUCCUGAUGAAGCAACGAGAAUGGGACCAGAGAUGUCUGGUCUCGCCAGGCUCGGAAGUCUAUUGACCGAGCCUCGAGGAGAUACC